AUGCUGUCCAUGACGGUCCGGGACCACGCUCUGCCCUUUCUCGUUGACACAGGGGCUACCAGAUCUACGGUUAAUCAGGACAUUGGGCCUCUGUCUGGACGGACGAUGAGCGUGGUGGGUUUCUCUGGGGUAAGUCAGAUUCUGUCAUUUACCAUCCCCCUCCCCACACACGUAGCGGGACAGAAAUUACAACACCCCUAUCUAGUGUCUCCCAGUGUUCCAGUCAAUCUCCUGGGUAGGGACCUACUCUCGAGACUCAAUGCACAGAUCCUCUGCGGUCAGCAGGGCCUCACUGUCACGUUCCCGGAUGGGACUGAAGUUCUAUGUGCACAAGGGAUUGGGGACACACACCAGUACCUCCUCAGAGACACUGAACCUAGAUUUGCAGACAUUUUCUGGGCCCUGUUGGAGCCAUCACAAACUGGGCUCUACUCAUGUUAUCUCCAUUGGAAACCCUGGAUCCUCAGCGUCCACCCCUACAUGGCUCCACCUGACCCGCUCCAUCUGACUCUGUUCUACGACCGGGAGGGUAAUGAAUGUUACCUAGAGGAAUUCCAAAAUCAGCUAGAAGGUAAGACCUGGCAGCUACAUUCUGGUGACAUUUUGGUGGGACAACAGGGGGUUGCGGCAAUGGUUAAUCUCACAAGAGAGCAACAGUCCUGGUAUAAUAUGUCUGAGACUGCUUUCCCCCACAUUUCGCUGGCUCUCCAUCCGGGACAUGAGGCUCGCGAAUUGGGCCCCAUGGUCAAAGCAGCAGUCUUAGCCUCAGACUGGUCUUCCUCCGGCCUGCCUGGCGUGCUCCGCUCUCCGUCCCUGAAAAUGUUCAGAAUUGUGAGUACUACCACUGACUCUGCUUUAUGCACACAUGAACUCAUACCUAGAGACCAUGGUAGAGAAAAAUCUGAUCAUCCAAAAGCACAGGAGCUUAUCUCCUCCCUCCCAGUCUCAUUGUGGGCCGAGGGUCCAACCGAUGUCGGAUUGAUCCACUGUAAACCUAUCUCAUUCCAGCUGAAUACUGACUCUCCGGUCUGGGUGCCACAGUACCCUCACAAAAGAGAGGCAGAAUUGGGCAUUCAGGACACCAUAGAAGGCCUGUUAGACUCUGGUGUCCUCGAACCCUCCAACUCCUGCUGGAACACACCCAUUCUACCAAUUGAAAAGAAGGGCACCGGUCAGUACCGUAUGGCCCAUGACCUCAGAGCCAUCAAUCAGAUUCUAGGGACCAAUACGGUCCCGGUGCCGAACCCAUAUGUUGCUCUGAACAAUCUGUCUCCCGAACAAGCAUGGUUCACAUGUAUUGAUCUUGCUAACGCUUUUUUCUGUCUCCCUUUACAUGAGAACGUUCGGGACAUCUUCUCGUUCACCUACCAGCGUCGCAGACUCCGUUACACCCGCCUCCCACAGGGAUUCGCCCUCUCCCCUGGCAUCUUUAACCAGGUUCUGAAAGAGAGUUUGGCUGACCUGCAGCUGCCCGAUGGCACCACAGUGAUUCAAUAUGUCGACGACCUGCUCAUUGCGUCCACCACAGCCGAGUCCUGCCUGCAGGCCACACGGGCCCUGCUCCUACUCCUGGCCCGCCACGGGUUCAAGGUCAGUCAACCUAAGUUGCAAAUCGCGCGGAAACAAGUUUCUUUCCUCGGCAGACUACUGUCACAAAAGGGGGCCUCAUUGUCCCCCGCCCACCGCACAUCCAUUCUGCACCACACCAAGCCUGACACUGUCAAAGCUAUGCUGUCGUUUCUCGGUCUGGUGGGUUACAGCAGGCAGUACAUACCUGAUUUUUCCACUCUCACAUCUCCGCUGAGAGCCAUGGUCACCUCUGCAGGUAUGAGAAAUCUGAAUGCGAAGCUGACAUGGUCCCGCAACUCGAAAGAAGCUUUUAUCAAACUCAAACAAGAACUCGCUGCGUCCGCCGAAUUGGCCCUCCCCGACUACGCGCGCCCGUUCUUUUUGGAUGUUUCUGAAACAGAAUCUGUUGCUAACGGUAUUCUGUUCCAGAAAAAAGGGGGAGAGAGAACGGUACUGAUGUAUCUCAGUGUCAUCCUUGACCCCACAGAAAAACGUCAACCAACGUGCACAAGACAUGCUGCAGGUGUUGCCAAACUCAUCAACAAAAGCGCACACAUAGUUAUGGGACACACACUUCACAUCUUGACAUCACACAGCGUUGUAGCUUAUGUGAACUCGCAAACUUUUACGAUGUCCUCCACAAGACAGCAAAAACUCGCUCGCAUUCUCGAAGCCCCAAACUUGCUAUUCACUCAUGAAGGUGUUAACAUGGCUGAGCGUUUGGGGGAAGGUGUGUUGCAUGAGUGUGCCCACAGGGUUGAAAAAGAAGAAAAAGCCAGAGAAGACCUCCAGUCGGAGCCCAUCCCAGGGGCCAGAAACCUAUACACAGACGGAUGCUGCUACAGAGAUGAGAAGGAGGGACUCAGAGCAGGAUUCUCGGUGAUAGAAGAAACACCAGACGGACUCAAGACGGUAACAGCACAAAAGCUCAAUGGACCACAGUCAGCCCAGAGAGCAGAAGUCGUGGCAGUGAUUGAAGCCCUGAAAGCAGGUAAAGACCAAGACAUUAACAUUUACACUGACUCAGCCUAUGCAGUACACGCAGCACAAGUAGACCUAGGACAAUGGAUGAGAGCGGGCUACCUAACUGCAAAACAAGAACCCAUUAAACACAUGGAUGAAAUGAAAGAGCUUGCAAAAGCACUGUGGUUUCCCCAGAAGGUAGCCAUCAUCAAAUGCAAAGGACACGACAACAGCGGAUCCAGAGUUGCCAUGGGCAACCAAGCAGCGGACUCCGCAGCCAAAGCAGCCGCAGGAUAUCAUGAGAAGCUCCUGUUGGUAAGACCAGACACAGAGACACAAAUGACAAAACUGUCCCUUACAGAAAUCUCAAAAGAACCGGACCUAGCCUCACCUGAAGAGAAGACAGUGUGGAAACUCAGAGGCGCAGUCCUAUCGGAAGGGACCUGGAGAUCCCCAGAUGGAAGGUUGGUUCUGCCACCUGGGCUCAAAGACAGUAUCUUCUCAGAAGCACAUGGAGUUGGCCAUGCAGGCAUCUCCCAGAUGAAAGUGGACCUCAAAGAAUGGUGGCACCCCUUCCUACAUGACAUGCUAAAGGAGUGGGUAAGACACUGCACUGUUUGUACACACCACAACACCAGACCUACAUACAAACCCGGGGUGGGUAAGUUCCAACUAAAAACACGUCCAGGGAAAGAAAUCAUCAUUGAUUUUACAGAUAUGGUUAACUCAGUCCGAGGGUACAGGUAUGUUUUGAUGUGUGUUGAUGCAUUUACAGGAUGGCCAGAAGCAUGGCCAGUGAAAAGAGAGGACAGCAAAUCAGUAGUUAAGUGUCUCAUCAACCAUUACAUCCCACAGCAUGGCUUCCCAGAAAAGAUCAGGUCGGACAAUGGGUCACACUUCAAGAACCAGGACCUCCAGUACGUGGAGGCCAUGUUGGGACUUAAACAUGGUUUUGGGUCCGUGUACCAUCCUCAAUCUCAGGGUAAGGUUGAGAGGAUGAACCAGACAGUCAAGAACAGGCUGUCAAAGAUUUGUGCCCACACAGGGCUGAACUGGGUGGAUGCUCUACCGCUCGCCCUCAUGUCCAUCCGAUCCUCAGUAAACAGGACAACUGGACACACCCCAUUCGAGCUCGAACGUGGUCGACCUUUUCCAGGGCCAGAGCGAGCCCUGCAAAACACUGACCCUCCUCCCUCUCACAUGCACCAGAAAGAUUAUUAUGUACAACUGCAAUCUGUUCUCUCUGAAUUUGCUAAGCAGGUGCGAGACAGCAAAGACGGCACCAAAGACGGUGACCUACCCAUCACUGACUGGGUCCUCCUUCGGGUCAUCAAGAGAAAGUGGAGCGAGCCUAGGUGGACAGGACCAUUUCAGGUGACCGAGAGAACCUCCCACGCAGUCCGGCUGGACGGGAAAGGUGACACCUGGUUCCACCUCACUCAGUGCGCCCCAGCUGUAACACCUCAACGCUCCCUGAAGGAAGUGCGGCAGGAUCUUGCAGCAGCUGCAGCAGGAAACCAAACCAAAGAGCCACACACCUCCAGAAAAGACACAGGGCAGAAUAAUCCCUGCAACGAAAAAGGCACAGGGUAG